CGGCCUUUGCGGGGCUUCUCUUUUUUAUUUCUUGCCGCUUUCCUGCGUUUUUAGCGCUGUUUUUGUCGCCUCGUCCUCCCUGCCCCGCACGGAGGAGCCCAGGCUCUUACUUGAACCUUCACCGUGUGGUAUAUGCUGUUGAGAUACUCCUAGGAGAUCGUACAGGAAUGGUGGAUCACUUGCUGCCUACUGAUGAAUCUUUUUCAUCCACAAGAUCUUCUCUUGGAUACUUUGGGGACAUGACAGCAGGGGUGAGGUCCUACCAAAUGCUGCCCUCACCCCUAUCAGAAGAUGACAGUGACUCUUCCAGCUUUUGUUCUUGUUCCAGCCCUGAUUCCCAGGUUCUCAGCUCUAGCUAUGGGAGCACAUCUAGUGCCGAAAGCCAGGACAGCAUCUUAGACUACUUAUUGUCCCAGGCGUCUUUGGGGAACACUGCUGCGUCUUGGUGGGACAAAAGGAGACUUCAGCCAAUAGUGAAGGAGGAGUAUUUUAGGUUGCCUGAAUUUGCAGUGGAUAUGGAAGACUCUGGACCAUUUCAGCCUACACUUGAGGAAAUCGAGGAAUUUCUGGAGGAAAACAUGGAGCUGGAGCUAAGAGAAAGACCUAAAAGUGAGACCAAGGACUUGAGAGCUUGCAGCCAAGGUUCUGUUGCUUCUGUACAACAAAAAGACCAUAUGGUACCCAGCGCUAGUUUAAAAGAGAGUAAAAAUGAACAAUUGAGCAGCUCAACGGAAGGUAGCCAGGCUUCAAAUGGAGGAAUGUCCCUGGAGAAUGGUAUUCCAGUUAUGCUCCAAAUCCAGCCUGUACAGAUCAAGCAGGAGUCCAACACGAGCCCCAGUUCUCAAGGACCAGCGCAAGAGAAUAUUAAAAUUGCACAGCUCCUCGUCAACAUCCAAGGACAGACAUUUGCCCUUGUGCCCCAAAUAGUUCAGUCCUCCAAUUUGAACUUGUCCUCUAAAUUUGUCCGCAUUGCUCCUGUCCCCAUCGCCGCCAAGCCAAUUGGGCCAGGAGGCAUGAUCCAGGGUCAGACGGGACUCAUCAUGGGUCAGAAAUUUCAAAAGAACCCUGCAGCAGAACUCAUUAAAAUGCACAAAUGUUCUUUCCCUGGCUGUACCAAGAUGUACACGAAAAGCAGCCAUUUGAAAGCCCACCUGAGGAGGCAUACAGGAGAAAAGCCUUUUGCGUGUACAUGGCCAGGUUGCGGAUGGAGGUUCUCCAGGUCAGAUGAGCUGUCCAGGCAUAGACGCUCCCACUCGGGGGUGAAACCCUAUCAGUGUCCUGUCUGUGAGAAGAAGUUUGCUCGAAGCGACCACUUGUCCAAACAUGUCAAGGUGCAUCGGUUCCCACGAAGCAACCGCUCCGUCCGCUCUGUGAACUGAUGGGUCCCGCUUUCCCCUUCCCGCCCAGCCGUCCCAGAACAGCCGAUGACAGCACUUUUCUCACUAUAUUUCUAGUGAUAAUUUAUUUGUCUUCACACAACAGUCAAUGCUGUUACCUGAUACCACCACGUCUGUGUCCCAUGUCCUUCUAACACGAUUUGAGAAUGAAGUUCUCUUGGGUCAAGGGAGGGGGGUGUUUCUUCCCAUUUGUCUUUUUUUUUUAAAGAUGUUAAUUUCC